AUGUCGAUUACAAAUACACAUUUGUUAAAUCCUUCGCCAUAUAGCAGCAUGAUUAAAAAAUAAACUAAUGGUAAUUAGUCUCAAUCAUCUUUGAAGGUAUUAUUAAUUGUAUUUCAUAUACUAGAACUUUUAAAACGUAGUUCCAUAGAUUAAUGUGUAAAUCAAAAAUCAGAUGUAAUUAAAUUUUAAUUGUUAAACUUAAAGAGAAUACAAAAAUCGAUAAUCUGAACUAGAGACUAAAAAAAAACAAUAAUCUCCAAAUGUUUAAAAAUUCAGCUAAGCAAAAAAUAACAAUUUUGUUUCAGGAUAUUAUUCGAAUGGAAGCGCUUAAUAAAAAAACAUUAACUUAAUUAAGCAAUAAAUUUGUUAUUAAUUAAAUUCUGUUUAAGAUUUAAAAAAAGGAGCAUUAGAUGAGAAAAAAGGUCUAAAAAAAUAAUCAAAAACAAAGUCUUCUGAAUAAUUAUUAUCAAAAUCACAUAAAAUAACUACAGAACCUGCUUAGAAAACAUAAAACAAUUAAAAUUUGAUAAAUAAAAUUAAAGAGUAGUCAACUUAAUAAAAGAAUGGAAGUUUAAGCAACCCUAUCGAAUUUAAUUUUAAAAAAUUACUUCAAAAAUAUCAUUUAACUUUAAAUAAAGCUAAAAGUACUGAUAGAUUAAAAAACCUUAAUCAGCAAGAUUUUUUGAAAGAAUCUUUUAGAUAAAAGGAAUAAUAACAAGUGACAUUAUAACAUUAUAUUAACAUUCAACUUUAUGAUAAAGAAAAAACAUUAGAAAUGAAAUAUGAUUGUUCAGAAAAGACAACAGAUUAAUUAAUUUAAUAUUUAAUUGAAAUUUGUUAAGAUAGUAUAUAUAUUAUUAUUAACACAAGAUGAGAAUGUAAUAGGAUUUUCAUCGGUAGAUAAUAACAUUGCAGUUGAAUACUAUAUAAGUCUUAAAAAUAAAGAUUUGAUGAUUUUGGAUAAGUAAACUAUUAAAUUAUAGCCACUUUAUCCUGAAUACACUUAAAAAUUAUCAUUAAAAAGCUUCCAUUUUUUAUUAUGUGUAGGAAUUGGAGGAUUUUCAAGAGUAUAUUUGGUUAGAUCAAAAAAUAAUGGUAGAUUUUUAGCAUUGAAAUUGAUAUCAAAAUAAUUUAUAAUAGAACAUUAAAAAUAACAGAUUGUAUAAAAUGAAAGAGAUGUUAUGGUAUAAUUAAAUUUAAGUGAUUAAUAAAUGCCUAAAUAAUUUAUAUGUCAAUUAGAAUGUGCAUUUGAAACUAAACAUUGGGUAUGUUUUGGUAUGGAAUAUUGUCCUGGAGGUGAAUUAUUCAAUCAAUUAAGAAAAGUUUAGAGAAUGAAUUAAGAUUAAGCAAAAAUCUACUUUGUUGAAGUUUGUAUUGCUAUAGCAUUUUUGCAUAGUUAAAAUGUAUUAUAUAGAGAUGUAAAACCAGAAAAUAUAUUAAUUGAUGAGUAUGGACAUUUAAAAGUAGCAGAUUUUGGAUUAGCUAAACCUAAUAUGGGUUAAUUUGAUGAAGCAUAUUCCUUUUGUGGUUCACCAGAAUAUAUGGCACCAGAAAUGUUAUAAUAAUAAGGACAUACAUUUGCAGUUGACUAUUAUUGUUUAGGAGCAUUACUUUAUGAAUUAUUAACAGGACUUCCUCCAUUUUAUUCAAAAAAUACAGAUGAAAUAUUUUAAAGCAUUUUAAAUGAUGAUUUACAAUUUCCUGUAAAGGUUUGUUCUCCUGAAGCUAAAGAUUUAUUAAGAAAAUUAUUACAUAAAGAUCCUAAUUAGAGAAUGGGUAAUAGAGAAGGAAUUUAAGAUAUAUUAGGACAUUAAUUUUUUGAUGAUGUAAAUUUAAUUGACAUUUUAAAAAGAAAAAUUUAACCUCCUUUUUUGCCAAAUUUAAUUAAAUUUAAUUUUGAUCCAAAAGAAUUCAAAUAAGGAGAAUAAUAAUUUAAUUAAGAAUUAUAGAAAUCAUUAUAAAGUGAUUAAGAAACAUAAUUUGAACCUAUGUUUGAAAAUUUCUAUUUUAUAGGUGAGACUUUAAAAACAAAGAAACCAAAAUUUGAAAAAUAAACAAAUAGACCUUAAUCAUUGAUUGAAGCUCAAUAAGAUACAAUGAUGACUGAUAGAAUAGAUAAGAAUUUACAUUCUAAUAAUUCUGCAAAUUUAGGUUUAAAGAGGGGAUUUUCAGCUAAGUAAUUUUAGAUAGAACAUUCUUAAAAGAUUGAGGAAUUGAAAAAAAGGAUAUAAUAAUAAAAUACUUAAGUAAAAUCAUACAUUGAUCCAUUUGAUCAUUUAGCUGUAAAUUAAUUAAUUUAUUAAAAUAAAGCCAAAACUUCAAGAUUAAAAAAUAAUAAAUGA